AUGCCAUCUUUACACAAGGGCCUCACCAUAGAAGAAUACGGGGUAUACACAAUGCUGCCGGCGCAGCAGAUCACCCCUAUAUCCCCCUGGCCGCCGGACCAGCUCCUCGACAGAAUGGACGACUUGGCGCACAAAGGUAAAGGUCACAGCGGUGUUAACCAGCUCGGCGGCGUGUUUGUAGGAGGCAGACCGCUGCCCGACUCCACGCGGCAGAAGAUCGUCGAGCUGGCGCACUCGGGGGCUCGGCCCUGCGACAUCAGCAGGAUCCUACAGGUCUCCAACGGCUGCGUGUCUAAGAUACUCGGCAGAUACUACGAAACGGGGUCCAUUCGACCGCGUGCUAUCGGUGGUUCAAAACCACGUGUCGCCACCGCAGAGGUGGUAAGCAAGAUUGCCCAGUACAAGAGGGAGUGCCCUUCCAUCUUCGCAUGGGAGAUCCGGGACCGUCUGCUCAGCGAGGGAGUCUGUACCUCCGAUAAUAUACCUAGUGUGUCAUCAAUCAACCGAGUACUCCGGAACCUAGCAGCCCAGAAGGAGAAGUCUACAAACCAGCAACCACCUUCAGACUGCUCCACGCCUGUGUACGAGCGACUGCGGCUCUUGGGCACACCGGGGGCAGCACCCACUUGGCCCAGGGCACCCUGGCCGACGCAGAUCGACACCCGCAGCCCGUAUCAGCUGCAUAGCUUAAGCCCUGGACCGCAACCCAUGUGCAAUGGGGAUAUGGGGAUGAAAAAAGGCGAAGAAACUCUAGAAGGUAUAGAAGGUCUAAACUCUGACGAGACGGGAUCAGGCGAUAACUCCAACGCCGGUUCCAGCGGCGCUGACGAAGAUGCAGCCAGGCUGCGGCUCAAACGUAAGCUGCAGAGGAAUCGCACCAGUUUCACAAAUGAACAAAUUGAUAGCUUGGAGAGAGAAUUCGAACGAACACACUAUCCCGAUGUGUUUGCCAGAGAAAGACUUGCGGCCAAAAUAGGCCUUCCUGAAGCUAGAAUACAGGUAUGGUUCUCGAAUCGUCGCGCGAAGUGGCGCCGCGAGGAGAAGAUACGCAGCCAGCGGCGCAGCCCCGAGUGCGCGUACCCGCCGCCCGCGCACCCCGCGCACCCCGCACACCCCACACACCCCGCGCACCCCGCGCACCCCGCGCCCGCGCCGCUGCCCGCGCCCGCCGCGCCGCACGCGCACCAUGCGUACCAGCCGCCGGUUAAUGUUGAUUCUUACAGCCCGCUAACCCCCAUGGGCUACGGCGCCAGCAGCGGUAUGGUGUCCGACGCGUCGGUGUGCGAGGGCAGCGAGGCGGACCUGUGCAAGGGCGGCUUCCUCGGCUACCCGCGCUACGAGCUCGGCUACCGCCAGCCACAUCCCUAUGUGAACCAUGGCUAUCAGCACGAGCCGGCUUCUCCACCACCAGAGCUGGGCGGUCUCCUGGGCGCAGGGGUGUCAGUCCCGCUGGCCGUGCCGGGACAGGACUCGCAGCAGUACUGGUCCCGCUUGCAGUGACCCUGGUGGAACUAGACCUCAACACUACAUAUUACAUAACCGUCGAAACUUAUUUCUCACUCUCGAGAUAUGAAUGCGUUUUACAAAACACUUGGG